CUGUCGGCCUUCACCAGCGACCUCAGCAAGUUUGUGCGCUACAGCAAGCUCAAGGUGAAGGCAACGCUGCAGUACGGCGACAUGAUGCACUCUGCAGACAUGCUCUGCUCGAUCUCCUUCGAUCGCGACGACGAGUAUUUCGCCACCGCCGGAGUCUCUCGGCGCAUCAAGGUGUAUGCCACGUCAGACGUGCUGGAAUCAAACAGCGCGGUGCACUGCCCACGGCUGGAGAUGGCGUCGCGCUCCAAGCUGAGCUGCGUGGUGUGGAACUCCUACAUCAAGCACCUCUUACUCGCCGCUGACUACGACGGCUGCCUGGCGCUGUGGGAUGCUGAGACCAACACUUGCACUGCCACUUUUGAGGAGCACGCCAAGCGCGUCUGGAGCGCCGAUUUCUCCCAGUCGGAUCCGACCCGCUUUGUGUCCGGCAGCGAUGACGGCACAGUGCGGCUGUGGAGCAUCCGGGAGGAGGCACCCACGGCUGUGAUUGAUGCCAAGGCGAAUGUUUGCAGCGUGCAAUUCAGCCCCGUCUCGUCCCACCUGCUGGCCUUCGGCUCUGCCAACUACCGAGUGUAUCUGUACGACCUGCGCCAGAUGCGGGUGCCCCUGGCGGUGAUCGGGUGCCACUCCAAGGCGGUGUCUUAUGUCCGCUGGAUGGACGGCUCUCACCUCGUGUCGGCCUCCACCGACAACCAGCUCAAGCUGUGGGACCUGGCUGGAGCCGGUCGCCACAGCCGGCACCAGGAGUGGCGGCCCCAGAACGUGCUCACAGGGCACACCAACGAACGCAACUUCGUGGGCCUCUCGGUGACAUCAGACGGCUACAUAGCGUGCGGGAGUGAAGACAACAGCGUGUACACAUACACCUCCACUCUCCCCACGCCCCUCGCCCGCCACUGCUUCUCCAGCAAGGAGGGCUGCGCUGACUCGGGGGAAGAUCUGGCGGCCGACUCGCACCAGUUUGUGAGCAGCGUCUGCUGGAGCCGCAAGGGCCACACCCUGCUCGCUGCCAACUCACAAGGCACCCUCAAGCUGCUGGAGCUGGACUGA